UUCCUAAACAAGUCUCGAGGAUCUGCGGUCUCCUCUUUCUAGCCUCGAGGGCUUCAAUAGCCCCUGAUAUUUUCGACGAGCAUUUGGUUCAUCAAUCCUUCAAAUAUUUCUUCACUCAUCUUGUUUCAUCUUCCGAUGGGAAAGUUUACUCCAUUUCUCAUCUCUCGAAGAUUGAACCAGCUAUUUGAACAAAUUGUGUGUAAGAAAUCUGGUAAUGUUGGACAUCCUUUUGGGUCACAUUCUUUCUCAUCUCGAGUUGGAAUUCCAGAUUCUAGACAGAAUUUUACUCAAACAGUCACAAAGAAUGCAGGUGACCGUGUCUAUGCUUCUUAUAAUGUAUAUAAGGGCAAAGCUGGAGUCUCUAUGAUGCCUUGUCUGCCAACUUUCACUAAAUUAGAUUCUGGGAAUCUUGUAAUAAGUCGACGUGGUUCAGUAAUGCUGACGUUCUUUCCUGCCAUAGGCGAGCGCAAGUAUGAUUGGACAAAGAAACAGUUGUUUUCGUUGUCCGCAACAGAGAUUGGUACUUUAAUAAGUUUGGGUCCCAGAGACUCUUGUGAAUUCUUCCAUGACCCUGGAAUGCUUUCAAGUACUGCUGGUCAAGUAAGGAAGAGCUUAACAAUUAAGUCUCAUGCAGAUGGCAAUGGCUAUUUCAUCUCUUUGAAUGUUGUUAAUAACAUGCAAAACACCAAAGAAUUCUUGAGUGUUCCCUUCACAGCAGGCGAAUUUUCUGUGAUGAAAACAGCUUGCAGUGUGAAGCAUCAUCAUUUUGACAGAACCCCCACCAUAUUGAAAGAUAAAAGGAUAUACAAACUACAAAAUAACCCAAGUAUCAGAGUUUGCCCUGCCGCACAUUCUUGGUUGGGACCAGCUGACCAGACCUAGCCACCAGGGCAUGGGAAAGGUUGUUCAACCGAAUAAGGUAGAUCGUGAAGCAUUGAGUUUAGAGUGGGAAAGGUGAGUGUUCAUAAAAGAUUCCAUCUCCAUGAAGCUGCUUACUUCUAACUUCUAAACUGAGUUGUUGUUCUUUCCUUUUGUAAUCUUUUGUCUUCUCUCAACUAUUAUUGUAGUGAUGGAUAUGUCCUUAGAAUUUUGCUUUGCCAAACAGAAAACACCAGUUGGUGUCGAAGGUUGGGCUUAGUGGUUGUUUUUUGGAUGGAACUAUCUGUUUCCAAAAAUGAUGUAACAAUAUACACGGGUAUUAAUUAUACUUUAAAUGUGUUAUGGAGUGUGCUAAGCACUGUUUUUAAUUAGGUA